AUUUCGGAUCGGUUUCCGUAAUUCGGUCUUAUUAUUUCGGUUGUUUCCACAUUAAUCGGUUAUUUCGGUCCGAUUUGGUUAAAUCAGUUCAUCGUCAUCGUCGGAUUCUCGAUUUCUUGAUCGAGCUCAGAGAAAGUAGAGGAGGAAGAUAUAAUUUGAAGAUUAAAUCUUCAAGUGAGAAAAGGAGGUAGAAGAGAAUUUAUCAAUGGCGGAAGAUCUAGUUCUCGACACGGCGAUCAGAGAUUGGGUUUUGAUCCCUCUCUCCGUGGUGAUGGUUCUCAUUGGUAUUCUUCGCUACUUCGUCUCCAAGCUCAUGCGUUCUUCUCCAACUCCCGAUGCGAAGAUGGUCAAAGAAGGACAAGUUGUAAUUAGGGCUCGGAAUCUAAAGGCCGGUGCCAAUUUCAUCCCGCCUAAAUCAUUCCGAGCUCGGAGAUUCUACUUCAGCAACGAGGAAAAUGGAUUGCUACAUGUUCCCAAGGACCAAGCUCAAAACCCCCAAGCCCAGAUGUUUUCUGAUCCUAACAUGGCCACGGAUAUGAUGAAGAAAAAUCUGUCAAUGAUUAUACCGCAGACGCUCACUUUUGCAUGGGUCAACUUCUUCUUCUCCGGAUUUGUUGCAGCCAAAAUACCAUUUCCGCUGACUCAGAGAUUCAGGUCAAUGCUACAGAACGGGAUCGACUUGAGCACUGUCGAUGUUAGCUAUGUGAGCAGCCGUUCAUGGUACUUCUUAAACUUGUUCGGAUUAAGAGGCUUAUUUAGUCUCAUUCUUGGAGAUGAAAAUGCAAUUGAUGAUACACAACGAAUGAUGCAAAUGGGUGGAUUUGGUUUUGAUGCGUCAAAGAGCUUGAGCGCUGAGAAGGAUGGUCUCGACAUUAUUCAACAUGAAUGGGCUCUACCACGAUUCGAGCUCCGCGCAGAGUCCGUUUUGAGAAAACUGGUGCAGUAGAGACGAGAGGACGUGAUAAUGUUUUCUGCUGGUAGCUAAGAUUCCUCUGUGUUUCGUUAUCCUCCAUUGUCAUAAACAUCGACCUCUACCAAAUUUUCUUCUUUAUUAUACUUUCGUUAUCCUAACUAAAUGUAUUAUAAAAAGUCGAAGUCCAAAAGAAACUUAAGAAGAACAAUAGUAUAUAUAAUAAGACUCUCAAAGUAAUAUAUUGAAGCCCAUGAACACACA